AUGGAUCACCAUCAGCAGUACGGAACGCGAGUCAAGUCAGAAGAUGUUGAGCUCGAACACUGGGUGCCAACCAAGCAAGAACACGAAGUUGCAGAGCGCGUUCCUGCCGUUGUAGCCAAAGUCGAGCCAUCCGGCGAGUGCUGUCAGACCGUCGCUACCUUCGACCGACCAGAAAUCGCGCAUAAUAAGGCUCGAGAGUUUCCGCCUUCUACUGGCAAACGCAAACGUGGUUCAAGAUCCAAGAAGCCGCCGAAGAGAGUGCGCGACGCAGAGAAAUUGCGAAAAUCAGGGGAGAUGCCCCAUAUUUACACGAAGAAUGAAGGAGCAGACCAGAACUUACAAGCCGAGAAGUUCGAGAAGAACGAUGUUGUUCCUCGUCACAAACUUGAUGAGGCUCUCGCUGCGAAUGCCCUAUUGUCGAAGUCUAACGAGAAUAAACGCUCACGGAUGAACACACUGAAUGACCGGAACCAACGACUCCGCCAAGAGCGCGACAAGGCCGUCAUACAGCGAGCAGAAAUGCUUUCGCAACAACACGCAAGGCUCUCGACCGAAAGCAUAAGCAACAUUGAGAUACAAAACUCUCGACUCCGCCAAGAGCUCGUCGACGCUCACAAGACGAUCGCGGACACUCGAGCAAGCUUGCAAGCUAUUGCUCAGAAGGAGCAACUCUCGCCUCCCCACCAAGAACCCGAAUCAGUCGUCUUUACCAAAGGAGUGAGUACUACAAGAGCUCUGCGACUCGAGAUAUCCGAGCUGGAGAGACGACUGAAGGAAGCACUCGUGGAGGGCGAGAACGCUAAACGCGAUGCUCGUGCAUUCAAAAAGAACAACGUCGACGCCGAAGCUCUGGAGAAACAACUUGCAGUGGAGAGGGCCAAGAACAGAGCCCUGGUUGGUAAGCUGCAGAAAGCUCUAAAAAGUGAGCACAAUGAGGACAACGACGAGCAAAGUGGCUCCCGCAGUUUCGAUGAGAAGAACGUGGGCAUGAAGGGCUUGCUGGAAUAUUGUGGUGGGCAGACUGAACAGCACAUCAAGGUUGAGGAUGAAGAUAUGGACUCUGAAUGA